AUUCAAUAUAGUAUAUCACAUAAAAUGUAAUAAGAAAUAACUUCCUUGUUUAUGAAGUUUAUCCUGUUUCAAAAAUAUUUAAUUUAUGAGAAACCACACUUUCAUUUCAUAUACACCACAAAAUAAAUGAGUACUGAUAGAUAGGACAAUACUGUCAAGAAAAAUGGAAAACUUCGUUUUGAUGAUACUAUUUCUGAAUAUGGGUUUCAGUUUAACUGUGCAUGGAGAAGUCAAAGACCAAGAAAUUGGAGAGUUCAACAAGAUCAAUUAUAAUGGACAAAGUGAUGAUGCUGCAACAAGUGAUGAAUCAUGUCAAACGUGUAAGUGUACUUUGUUGACUGCAGACUGUAGUUCUAGGAAGAUCAAAGCACUACCUUUGGAUCUGCCACAAAAUAUAACAACAUUGAACUUAUAUGACAAUUAUAUAACAGCUAUCCCAGAUUUUAUCUUGGGUCGUUAUUAUAAAAACUUACAGACUUUGGAUAUGCGUGGAAACAGGUUGUCAACCACUGGUCAGUAUACAUUUCAUGGACUUGGUAAAUUGCGGAAUCUUCACAUUACAUGGCGAAAGGGAAGUAUUAUGCAUCCAUUGCUGCUUAAACCAUUAAAGGAGAUACAAAUCAUUGAUGUGACAGGAACGGGUAAAAAUUUCAAUGGUUAUCAUGCUGAGAGAGAUGCUUGGCUGAAUGCAUUUCGAGGACUACAGAAUUCUACCAUUGAGAAAAUAAUUUAUGAAGAUGUCAUAUUUCCAUUCAUAUUGAAAGAAAAACAUUUCACAUAUUUUAAAAACUGCCAACUGAAAGAAUUGCAUCUGCCACUGAACCGGAUCUCUGCUAUAGAAACAGGCUUCUUAAAGUAUCUUCCAAAACUGGAAAUACUUGAUUUAUCGAAAAAUAUGAUAGCCCAAAUCUUCCCUAAUUCUAAUCUGAACUUUGUUGUUCAAUUAUUAAAACUGGUUCAUUUAAGAGUUAUCCGAUUUGAUGAAUCUGAAAGACGGGCCAUUCAAGACCUAAGUUAUCCUCGCACCAGUGAUUGCAUUGAUAUAGAAUUGCCUCUGCCAAUGGGACUUCAAGAACUCAAUUUUGAAUUGACUACAAUAGAUCGAAGACCUACUUCAAUCCCUUGUGCAUUGAAGUUUGCAAGAAAUAACAAACUCAAAGUUUUUAAUGCUAAAAACAGUUACAUAGUAACUAACUUUGGAGGUCCACUUAAAGGACUAGUACAUCUGCAGCAUUUCAUUUACAACAAUAAUGAUUGCAGAAUUGUACCUGAAUUCUUCACAUGUGCAAGUGGCUAUUUCGAAAGUUUACAAGUUCUAGAUUUAGCCAACAACAGAAUCUUGCUGUCUAAUUCAAGCUCGAAUUUCACCCUGUUUAAAAACUGUUCAAGUUUAGUUUAUUUGGACAUAUCGUACAAUAACCUGGCUUAUGUUCCUUUUGAUAUCUUGAAAGAUACCUCUUCCAUAAAGAUUGUGAACCUAAGUGGAAAUAAAUUGGUCGAUCUUAAUAUAGACUUAAAAACACAAACUUCACUGAAAUUGCUGAAUUUGUCUAAGAACAUUAUCCAAAGACUUGGUGAAUCUGCACGAAAUAACAUUAACUCUGCGUAUGAGACAUCUAAUGGCAAUUUUACUGUGGACCUUAAUGGCAACCCAUUUAUGUGUAACUGUGAUGCGUUCCCCGGGAUCCCAUUCAUAAACUGGGUGAAGGAUCAUCAAGAUAUUAUUUACGAAGGGGCUAAUUUGUCUUGCCAGUACAUAAAUGGGUCACAGGUCAAAUUCACACUCUUGGAUGUAUCUUAUAUGAAGUUUGAAUGUAGGAAGAGUGCAAUUGUGGCAUCUGGGAUAUCAGUAGGAUUCGUUCUAGUGAUCGUUGGAGUUGUCGCCUAUGGAUAUAAGCGGAGGUAUAGGAUUAUAUACAUAGCCUUACACCUUAGAGCUUUACUGAGACGCAAUCAGUUACAAGACAUAGACUAUGACUUUGAUGGUUUCCUGAGUUACAGUUCUUUGGACAAAACCUGGGCUAUUAAUAACAUCUAUGGUCAGUUAGCAGCUCAGCAUGGAUAUAACAUUUGCGUGGAUGACCGUAACUUCAGACCUGGAUCAUAUUUAUCUGACAUUAUUGUUGAGUGUAUCAGCAAGAGCAACAAAAUCAUACUGGUUAUCAGCCAGAAUUUCCUUAGAAGUGGCUGGUGUAAAUUUGAAAUGAAUCUGGCAAGGGGUGAGUUGGCAACAAGGGGACGAGAUUGCUUGAUCUUAAUUCUCAAAGAGCCAGUGGAAUUACUUCCUCCAGAGCUGAUAUCUCCCACCCUGCGGUCCCUGCUGGACACGAGGGUGUAUCUAGAGUGGAGCGAAGACGAGGACAGAAAAUUACUGUUCUUGAGGAAGUUACAGGAUGCUCUGGGGGAACCUAGAUUUAGAGGUGAGGUCGAUACUCCUUUUUUGUAUCAAAACAAUGAUGGGGAUGAGGAGAUGCUUUUUGCGCUAACAGAGUAAAAAUUGGAAAGUAGAACAACAAUGUAGGUGUAACACAAACACUUUUCAAGUGAAAUACAAACACUUUUUCAAAUGGAACACCUACAUUUUUCAAACACAUUUCAAGUGGAACACCAACAUUUUUCAAGUGGAACACCAACAUUUUUCAAGUGGAACACAAACGCUUUUCAAGUGGAACAACAACAACACUUUACGUAGAACAAUAUUACUUUCCAAAAUCAAGUUUUUCAUAUACUAAACGUAAUGCAAAACCUCUGUUAGUGGAAAUCUUUUUUACGGUACCAAUAAUCACUAUCAAAAUCAAAAAGUGAAUAUAAAAUAAUUUGCUUAUUCUAAAGAAAUUGGACGUAUUCUGCUAGAGUUAAUUACCAAUUAUAUAAAAAUACUUGUAAAAUAUAUCAUGCAUAUAUUUUGAUUUGUUGAUUUUGAAAUAACCAACAAUGUCAACUGACUUGAACAAUUGGAGGAACACAACUGAAUAUGUGUGAAUAUUCUGUCACUGCCAAGCAAGCAAUUUAAUUGUAUGAUUGGUCAAAUUCAGGUCAACUUAAUAUGUGUGAUUAUUGUGUCACUGCCAAGCUAGCAAUUUAAUUGUAUGCUUGGUCAAAAUCAGGUCAACUUAAUAUGUGUGAAUAUUCUGUCACUGCCAAGCUAGCAAUUUAAUUGUAUGCUUGGUCAAAUUCAGGUCAACUUAAUAUGUAUGAUUAUUAUGUCACUGCCAAGCUAGCAAUUUAAUUGUAUGCUUGGUCAAAUUCAGGUGAACUUAAUAUGUAUGAUUAUUAUGUCACUGCCAAGCUAGAAAUUUAAUUGUAUGCUUGGUCAAAAUCAGGUCAACUUAAUAUGUGUGAAUAUUCUGUCACUGCCGAGCUAGC